AAAUCAACCCUGCCAUUACCCAAAAGCUCAGUCAAGUUCUGUGAGUCGGAGGGAAUACAUCAGUUUGCGCGCAUACAGUUCUCGGUUAAAUUGUGGAUAUUUAAACGGCAUACGUUCAAUUUUGGAUAAACACUUACAUCUAAGUUAAACGGAUCGAGGAGAGGUGAGCCAGGUGCUGUCGCUUUAAAGCGAAACCCCCCCCCUCCCCCAGCCCCCCUGGAACUGGGAACCCCUUUAGACCCAGAUAACAUGGACGGAUUCUAUGAUCAGCAAGUACCAUUAAUGGUCCCACCCAACCACAAGUCUCACUCUGAGGAACCGUCUUACGCCAGACCCUUCAAUGACAGAAAGAGGAAGUUUGUUGACAGUGAACUCGCCCUGGACACAGAAGAACUCUUCCAAGACCUCUGUCAGUUGCAAGAGAUCUGGAUUGCGGAAGCACAUGUGCCUGAUGACGAACAGUUUGUCCCAGAUUUCCAGUCAGAUAACUUGAUGUUUCAUGGCCCGCCUCCGGCCAAGAUCAAACGAGAGCUGACUCCCUCCAAAGAACUCUCUCCCUGUCGCCAGGACAGGAGUCCCAUGCCCUACGGAGAGAAGUGCCUUUACAGCUACAGUGCCUACGACAGGAAGCCCACCCCGGGGUUCAAGCCAUUAACUCCCCCCUCCACGCCAGUCUCUCCCUGUGGCCCCACCGGCAACACGGGGGUACACCCCCUCAGCGAGCAGGCCUCCCCCUCACACCCACGGAUACCCCAGGGUCAGACUCAGUCCAGGCAACAUCCCGGCCUGCAGGUGCAGCAGCCCCUCGCGGCGAACCAUGGCGCUCACAGCCAGCGGCCGCACCAGCUCCAUGGCCAAAGCCCGCCGUUCGCUGUGCCCUGCCCGCCCCACAACCAGGAUGCCAACAGCUUCAGCCCCGAGCACAGGUUCCAGAGGCAGAUGUCGGAGCCAUGCCUCCCGUUCCCCCCGUCAGAGAGCCAGCAGUGCUCCCAGUUCCUGCCCCAGCCCGCCACCGCCUCCACCAGCAGCAGCAGCAGCACCAACAGAGUGGCCCGCGACGGGCGGCCCCCUUACCACCGCCAGAUGUCGGAGCCCCUGGUCGCCGUGCCUCCCCAGGGCUUCAAGCAAGAACUGAUGGACGCGCGGUACGCAGAACAAGGAGUCCCCUCCAUGGGCCCCCCGGGGCCCCCGCAGGGACAGCCUCAGGCGGCCUUCCAUCCCAUGGCCAUCAAACAGGAGCCGCGUGACUUCUGCUUUGAUUCUGAAGUGCCUAACUGUCAGUCGUCCUUCGGAAGACCAGGUUUCUACCAAAUCAACCAUGAAGGCUUCUCCUUCGACAGAGAACCUCACCUUUAUUUUGACGAUGCCUGCGUUGUACCGGAGAGACUGGAAGGUAAAAUAAAGCAGGAACCGUUGGUGUACCGUGACGGGCCACCGUACCAGCGCCGCGGCUCCCUGCAGCUCUGGCAGUUCCUGGUCACCCUGCUCGACGACCCCGCCAACGGCCACUUCAUCGCCUGGACGGGCCGCGGCAUGGAGUUCAAGCUCAUCGAGCCUGAGGAGGUGGCCCGUCGCUGGGGCAUCCAGAAGAACAGGCCAGCCAUGAACUACGACAAGCUGAGCCGCUCCCUGCGCUACUACUACGAGAAGGGCAUCAUGCAGAAGGUAAAGGUGGCUGGCGAGAGGUACGUCUACAAGUUUGUGUGCGACCCAGAGGCUCUGUUCUCCAUGGCCUUCCCCGACAACCAGAGGCCCAGCCUGAAAGGGGACCCCGACAGCCUGCCCGGCACGGAGGACGAGACGCUGCCGCUCAGCCACUACGACGAGAACACCCCCUAUCUGUUGGACACCGCCGAGCAGUGCACAGCCAGCCUGCCUUUCCCGGACAGCUACGGCUACUAAACGCCACAGUGGCUCCAAUGACGCACAUGACGUCACAGGCAUCAUCCACAAACACACACACACUCUCUCUCUCAACCUAACGUGCACCCAGAGCAGCCCUACAGUCUUAAGGGGCCUGCUCCAGUAACCCAGGGUUGGAAACCAAGAUCACCUCCCCCUUCUUUCUUUCUUUUUUGCCAUCGACACACACUUCUUGUUGCUGGACUGCCUGAUUAAAACUCGCCACACUCCCCGGAAAACAAGAAGGAAGAAAAAAAAAAAUGAAUGCACACAGUUGAAGUCUUGCACUGGCAAGUGAGGAGAGUUAGGGAGCGAGGUGGUGUUGAAAGAGGUGAGGGGCAGAUUGGACUCCAGCGGUUCUGCCCCCUGUUAUCACUCCCUAGGGAAAGAGGGGAGGGGCGGGCUGUUACUAUGGAGACCCAAAUGGAAGCAAGCCGAGUUGUCGCGCAACAUUGCAAAAAGAACUGACUCCUGUGCAAGAGUUGUUGCAAUUCAGACUUUGUGACAAUCUUUUCUUAAGAGAAUCGAAUAACCUAUAGUGGAACAUUUCAAGUUUAUAAUUCUGAAAAAAAGAUCAUAAAAAAUGCAGCGCUGUUCUAUAUAUGCCUUUUUUUUUUAUUAUUCCCUCAGUUCUCGAGAACCCCUCUGGAAUAAAAAUAAAUUUUAAAAGGGCUUUAAUUUAAUGAAAAGAAUUACAUAAAAGAAUAAACCACCAUAAUUAAAUUCUGCUGUUACUCCUCUGUAGAUAUUCCAAGGUAUUCCGUGUAUUAUUAUUUUUCCUUUUUUUCUGUCUAUGAAUAUAAACCAAGGCUGAGAACCUACGCCCAGUGACUGGGGGAUUCCUGAUGGUAGGGAGAUAGCGGUUGGUAAACGUGGACCGGCCUCCAGAGAACCACUUUACUUGCUGCACUCCCCUGCUAAAAGCUAACGCUCCUUUCCAAAGUGUCAACUCCACACUCUGCUUCACACUCUGUUCAAGUCCUUUGUUUUCCCUUAUCGGCCCACAAUCUCCAAACAAUAAGCACUCUUUUUUCACCGUGUCAAAAGGGAUAGAUUAGUACAUAUUUUCCCAGAGCCCGUAAUGGUUUGCUACAUUGUGUAUAUGAAAUUGUUUCAUUGUUCCUUCUUUUGUUUUACUUCUAUCGGGUAUUUAAUGUUUUCUCGGCAGUGUACUUGUUCCUCCGAUGCCCCAGGAUGGCAGGUGCAUCGAGGCCUUGCAUGCAAAAAGACAGAAAGUGAAUGAAAUUUGACAUCUUUCUUCCUUUCUAACAAUCCAACGUUGUUGACUGGAGACCUCUGCUUGUCUUUUGCAUGAUAUCCUCAACAGAGACUGCGUUGUCCACUAACAUAUCGCUUUACUCUUUUUAGACAAAGAAGACAUUUGUGACGCUUUGUUUUGAUUUUGCUUUUGUUUUUGUUUCACAUUAAACAUUGUUUCUAAAUGGGAAAAUAGACAAACUUAUAUAAAAUAUAUAUUUUUGCUAUAAGUCUGCAUCUGUUUUGAUUUUAAUGUAUAAGCUGUAUAGUUCUGCCUACUUCGGUACCUUUAUACAAGAAACCUAAUCUGGAUCCCUGUGAUGCUCGUCUCGCUGAUGGUUUCCACGGAGACAACUGUACUUGGUUUUGCAGGAUGGACGAGGGAACUGCUAUCUUUACUAUGGCAAGCGCUUGCACGCAAAGGUCAACCAAUGUCCGCUGUGUUGGGUUGCAGUUUCUCUAGCUAUGUCUUUUAUUAUUUUUAUGAGAGGAACUUAGCAUCUGGUCGAGCCCAAACAGAGGGAUCGUCUGCACUUGUAUAGGCUUCGAUCCCUCUCUUCCUCCACAAUGUGUAUCUUACACUGCUGACUCGAUGACCAUCUGUACUGGGUACAAUAAAAUGUCCUUUAUGCUCCACU